GGAAAACUUGAGACGUUUGGAGCGUCUUUUAACGCGGCUGCUGCUUCAGAUUUAAUGGUUUCUAAUUGUAUGCCUAUUACACCUUUCCCCAACGUGAUCAAGUAAAGUUAUCGCAACAUCAACAUGUAAAACUUAUUGGUUGUCAGUAUAUUUACAAAUAAUUUCGAUCUAAAUUUUAAUUACAAUAUAUUUUAGAUGCUUAUUCAGUGCUUUAGCUUAAAACCUUUGAGGAAUAUAUAUCGUCACGUGAAUCCAAUUCAUUACAUCUUACCUUCUCAACAGGUUCUUCUAAAUGCAGUAUCUAGACGGAAUAUUUUCGCUGUUACCGGUAUUCAACCAAGUGGUAAACCUCACCUUGGAAAUUAUCUUGGGGUUAUAAAACCGUGUAUUACUUAUUGUCGUGAUAGUGAUGUAUCGCAAUUCUUUAUGUUGAUUGCGGAUUUACAUUCUCUUACAUCAAACAAUUGUAAUAACCUAAAGCAUGGUAUUCAUGAACUUGUGGCUACUUUGCUGGCAUGUGGAUUUGAAGCAAAUUCUUUAAAACAAAUAAUAUUCCUUCAAUCCUCUGUACCUGGACAUACUGAACUAGCAUGGAUUUUAUCAUCAGUUUGCUCGAUCCUGAGGUUAGCUCAUUUACCUCAAUGGAGAGAAAAAUGUGGAUAUUUUAAUUCAAUAUCUGAUGUAUCUACUAAUAAUAACUUAUCAAUGAAUAAUAUCCCUGAUAAUGCUUCCGUUGGUUUAUUUACCUAUCCUACUUUACAAGCUGCUGAUAUACUUCUUUAUGGAGCACAUUCAGUUCCUAUUGGAGCUGAUCAAAUAACUCAUAUUGAAUUAACACGUGAUCUAGUUCGAUCAGCUGUACAUAAAUGGCCAUCAUUAUCAUCUAUUUUACAUAUACCUAAUAGUUUGAUUUUUGAUGCACCUAAAAUAAACAACUUGACAAAUCCAAUUAAAAAAAUGAGUAAAUCUGAUACAUCAGAAUUAGGUAUAAUCUAUCUAACUGAUACACCAGAUAAUAUUUAUAAAAAAAUUAGACGUGCUGAAACAGAUUCUAUUCGUAAAAUUAGUUAUGAUAUUGAAAACCGUCCUGGAGUAUCGAAUUUAUUAAGAAUUCUAUCUGCUAUCCAGGGUUGUAAAAUUGAAGAAAUUCUAUCAAAAGUACCUAAUGAUUGGAGUAAAGAAGAUUUGAAAUCCAAAGUAUCAGAUGCACUUAUUCAAGAAUUUGAUCCAAUUCGAAAACGAAUACAUAAUCUUAUGAAUACAGAAGAAGGUCAAACUACUAUAGUUAAUUGUUUAUCACAUGGUUCAAGGCGAGCUAACCAGUUAGCUACAAAACGUUUAGAGCUUAUUUACUCUGCUAUUGGUUGUAAGAUACCAGAUUGUAAAAAUUAUUCUUCAUCACAUAACUAAAAUAGUAGUAUUUUAAUAUGAAUAUAUACCUUAUUGAGUCUUCUUUCA